GAAGAAGAAGUAAACGGUGAACUUGAUUUGCUGAGGCUGAAGAGGAAGUGAUUGUUUCUUUUGUAUUUACACGUGUAAACAAUCAUAUUUUUUGCCUAUAUUUGUCUGCUGCAUUAUUGAAACAGUGUAAAGAGAGAUAUCACGUUUAGUGUAAAUGCAAACGGAGUCCUCUCACGUAAUUCGGGAGGGAAAUGUCGUCAAGAUUAUUCGUUAACCUGAUCUUUCAAGUGACGGGGAAGGUAACAUGGGGAACCUCAGGACGACCUCCACUUUUUACUGUGCCACCCGUUAGCUUGGCACAUGUUCAGACCGCCGGUAAGAAAGAUUACAUUGAUCUCCCUGUCCUAAAUGAAGACGAGCUGGACGAGCAGUUUGUAAGAGGGUCUGGACCUGGUGGUCAGGCGACCAACAAAACCAGCAACUGUGUGGUGCUCAGGCACAUCCCAACUGGCAUUGUCGUUAAGUGCCAUCAAACCAGAUCGGUGGAAACAAACCGCAAAAGAGCUCGGCAGAUAAUGAGGGAGAAGCUUGAGGUCACCUACAAGGGAGAAGCGAGCGACAUUCUGAAGAAUAAGAAGGAGUCUAUACAGAGGAAACAAGACAAGAGGAAAAGGGCAAACGAGAAUUUGGAGAAGAAGAGACUUUUCAAAGAGGCACUGAUGACAGACUUCAAACCAGGGGAUGACAGGGGAUGAAAAGUAUGCAUGAACAUAACAUUUAGUCUGAUCAACAAAUAUGUCCUACCUCAUCAUGAUCUGUAUUGUAAAUAAAGAGCACCUAUUGAAAUAAAUUAUAUUGUCAUCAAUCUGUCUAAAAUACAGGAAUGAUGUCAGUAUUUUCUGUAAUUGUAAUGAAAUUAAGUUUUAUUACACCGUUAAUAAAUACAAAGACGCAAACAAUGGCUUUAUUACAAUGGUUAAUUCAUAAUGUGGUGUGUUUAUCAGUGUGUUUGGCACUAUCCCUUUUGUUGUCACUCAUGCUUAAAUAUGUUAAAAGAUACAAGCUACUACUCCUCCAUUGUCAAAAUGCCUUUUGUACACUCUUACACAAAAAAAUCCAUAUGAGUUUCACUAAAUGAUAGGGGCUUUGCUACAUACAAUGCAUUUUUAGGCAAUGGGAACACAUAAAACCAGGAAAUUCCUGUCAAGUACAGCUCAUGGGUAACUUUUUUGUUGAAGCCCAAGGUGCCACCUCAGUUUUAAAAAACAAUUAUGUUUUACUCAAUACUUUUAUUGGACCAAUAAAAUCAAAGGCCUUUGUCUUUUGAGUCUUUGAUCUUCAGUCUGGAGAGUUGGUCCAAUCCAAUAACUUUGUUUGCACCUUGCCUGUUAGAGCCUUGCAUUUCUCUCGGUUUCUGCCUAGCAUUCACGUAUAAGCCCCCUGGCGUGAAUGAUACCUUCAAAUGAAAAAGAAAAGAUAAAAACACACAAUUAAGUUCUUGAGUCCAUGAAACGUCAAAUUAUACAGACCCCAAUGGUGCAUAGUAGAUUUCACACAGCAAGUACUAGAUCGCGAGAACCCAAGGAGGCAUACAGCCUUUCCUAUUUUUAGUGAAACAUAUGGACCACUGCUGGGCCAAUGUGUACUACAGUCCUGAUGCUCUGUUUAAAUGUUUAGAAACAUGAAUAAUCCCUGCUUGUGAUACGCUUUUGGAAACCUUUGGAACGUUCAUAUCACAGAGAACAAAUUUUACUAAUACAAAAUAUAUACUUGUGCACCUUUAACAGGUUCCCACCUAGGUAUUUUGCGUUGCACAUUUACUUGAAGUACGGCGACAGUUCAUAAGCUAAUGGAAACUCGAGGGAAUAAAAAUAAAAACAUUGUCUUGAAGUUGUAUUGGGGUUGUGCCGCAGAGCAUCAUGGGGGUUGUAUGUGUUGUAGACCGAGCACGUUUUAGAUAAAUGGUUGAACUGA